ACCCGGCAGCUUAGGAUUAUAUUUGAUAUCAAAGUGACAUCUGUUUGACAUUUGUGAAGAUAUAAACUUAAAUGGCUGCCGCUUAGCAAGGAAAAGAUUAUUUAUAGAAAUUGAAAAUAGUACGAAAAAAGUGGAAAUAAUAAACAAUUGGUUUAUACACAGCGAAUGUGAUUUAAAAGUUUCAAAAAUGUCAAACGCAGCAGCAGGUAGUGUAUAUUAAAAUGUAUUCCUUAUGUACAGCGCAAUGGGUGAAGUUCUUCAAUGCCUCCGGUAUACCAUCACCAGCAGCAGCCAGCUAUGCACAUAUAUUUGUGGAAAAUCGUAUACAAAAUGACAUGUUAAUGGAUCUCAAUAAAGAAUAUUUACGUGAAAUGGGCAUAACACCAAUGGGCGAUAUUAUUGCUAUAUUGAGACAUGCUAAAACUGUCAGUGAUCAAACUGCACGAGAAAAAGUACUCACCAAUUCGGAAAUGUGUGUACCAAUCGCAGCUGUGCCAGCAAAUCCACAUCUAUCACAAGAUCAUCCCACUACAACCACUAAAGUCCGACUAAAGUCGGUACCAGUAAGAUCAAGUACUUCGGGCGGUAGCAGUAGUAGCAGCCGUGUAUUUAUGAAGCCUUUCGAUGAAAAAGAAGGGCCACUACCAAAACAAGCCAGACGCGUUUUACCCGAGCAUGAGGGCAAAUAUAAGAUUAAGCUGCCUUCUGGCAACACAAAACGUAGUAAAGAAAUACUUGCCAAGAAAGAAAAAUUGUAUUCACAACGUGAAGGUACGCAACGUUCACAAGUAUUUGAACGCCUGGCCAAAAACUCUGCUUCCGCAAUCGAUUUGGCUAACGAAGAAUCAGAUGAAGGUGAAAUCAGCAGCGACGGAAACAAUAGUAAAAAUGUGAAAGUUACUACCAUACGUAAUGUACAAAUGAGGGUAACUGGUAUUGAUGGCAGCAGUCAUAAAACUCUUGGUGGGUCAUCAAUAUUCUCACGAUUGGGUGGAAAAACACUGGAAAAUGCUGAUAAUGAUCUAAUCAUAGCCAAGCAAAUUAAGCCAAUAUUGAAGAAUGGACCAAAAACAGUGAAUCACUCUGCAAUUGUUAAAUCAAGGACUAUUGCUUCGAGUGUAACCCCAGUACGUAUACAUCCACAAAAGCAAAAGGUUAUAUUAGUUAAGAAAGUUCCAUUAAAAACUAACGACAGUGACGAUGAUGACGAUGAUUCAAUCAAUAGCGUUAAUGACAUGGAUAUGGAUGAUAUUGUGACCAGUUCCAAUACUGUUAGCAGCAGUGAAAAAAUUGUUAAAUUCGCAUCUACAGCAGAGGUGCGUGAAAUAGCGCCGGAGCCACGUUUUAAGCAAUCGCCCAAAGAAAGAAAUUACAAAUCAAGCGGCGGUGGUGCGUACCAUGGAAAUUCAGCAGGCGGUGUUAAAUCGAGACUGGGCUUAAAUAAUAUCUUACAUACUACGAAAAAAACUUACAACUUGAAGGCCGCUACCAAUAUAAAUUCAAAAUCCCGCAUUAGUCCCGUCAAAGUAAAGUCAUUACGUUUGAAGUCCGAUGAGAUUAUGAUGCGCCAAGAGUUACCGGUACAUCGUAGAUUGGGUGGUGGGAGCAACACUUCAACGUCUGCAAAGUCCAUGUCAGCACUUUCUAAGCGUGUUGGCAAAGUGAAUAUUUCAAAGAAUUCUUCUACAAUACAAAGAAUGCCGAAACAAAAAAACUCUACUUCAGUUUUCGAUCGACUAGGCUUCAGUAGUUAAGCCACUUCCAUUUAUAAUUUGAAAACAUAUAUAAUCUAGAUUUAUUUGAAAUAUUUUCUGCAGUGCGCGGGGAGAGAUUUACUGAGUUUUCAUUGUACUAAUAAAUAAAAAAACAAAAUAAAAAGAAUAAAUCGAAUACUUCAGACGACAUACCGAGUA